GCCCAGAACUUGAGCCUACGAUGCAGCAAUACUCAACUGCACAACUUUGUAGUGCGAUUCAACAACGCAGGCCCACCACGCUCUGCCAAGAGCAAGGUGACGUUGAGCGAGCUGCAAAACGCAGCGCUACAGCACACGUGCCCCAACAUGGAGGCCUGGCAGACUUGGAAGGUGUCGCAGCUCCUUGUCUUGCCGUCUUCAACCUUUGAGGCGGACAGGAUCUGUGUGAUGUGGACCUGUCCGGGCAUGCUGAGACACGCUCAAGCUCUGCAAGAGAAGGUUGUGAAGCUUGCAGUGGACGCAAAGCAAAAAGUUGUUGCCAACGAGUACGGCAUUGUAACUUUGUCCUUCUUGGUAAGCAGUGCGGUGCCAAGCAAGACGUGGGCCGGGGCCACGCACACCAAGUCCACUUCGGCGCACACAGCAACACAAGAGCCAUUCCUGCAAGCGUUGGUGGACACUGAGUCAGAGGCCAGCAUGACCCAAAUUUUCACGGAGGCGUGCGAGCUGGCUGAGAGGCACUGCGGCCUGGACCUCCGCGCGCAGGUUUGGCAAGUUCAUAAGGACUACGCGAAAGGCAUCGAGGCCUCGCGCCGCAAAGUGUUUCCUUACGCACGCCCAUGUGAUGACUAUGCUCACAUGCGGCGAGCAACCUACAAGGGCAUGCAGAAGUACUUGCCGGCCAAGAAGACCCCAAAGGUGAAAGCGCCGGAACCUCAGACACCCAAGAACAAGGGCAAGAAGCGGGGCGCCUCGUCAAGCCCGGAGAGACCUGCCACGCCGGCUGCAGAUUUGACAAGCACGCCGGACGGGAGCACCUUUGGCUACUGGGAGAAAAUUGUCCAGAUUAGCCGCGAGGUGCCGACUGUGCAAUUGUUCGAUGCGGUCUGGCAAUUGGCCUUCCCGUGGCUACGGAAGAAAAGUGCGCAAGCUGCAGAGUACUUUCAGCACACGUACUGUCAGAAAGAGGAGAAGACUUUCGUGACAUGGCCCGCCCGCUCCGCAGAUGCAUUGUUCAACAGCAAAAGCCUGCGGUCCGCGGGCAGAUCCCCUGCGAGGGAUUUUUGGGAGCAUCGGGAGCCGCGGCUGUGUGGCAAUCGCAACUACCGCCAGGUCUACAUCCGCACUGGGGAAGCAGGCGGAACCGAUGUGGACGGUGUGACAACUUUCUGGGUUCUGCAAAGCAGACUGCAGGGAGGCGUGAUGCCUGCAGAGGCGGUCGUGACGCCGCAAGUGGCCAAGAUGGUCGCAAACCUCAUAGCUUCCGAAGGCCCGCAGCUCGAAAAAUGGUUGUGCAAGGCUGGCAUUGCCAAGGAUGGGGAGUUGGAAUUGAAAGCGUUGCAGAAGUACAUGCAGCAGUACUGCGCAGUGUUGGAGGGGCAUCUUGCACAAGCUUCCUGGCCCCGCGUGCGCCGCAAGCUGAAGAAACCAGUUCCAGGCAAGCUGUGUACAUGCCGUGAGUUCUUGCUACAUGGAGAUUGCGAACAUGUGCUUUAUGUCAAGGCGCUGCAAGAUGACCCCACUGCUGACAUGCGGAACAUUCCAACCCAACGACGCCGGGGACGCAAACGCAAGACCUGGUGA